GCGUGCGAUGGCAUGGCUGCUUGCUCGUGGCCGUUAAAUUUCAAUCUCGAUUUGGAACCGUGCUAAUAGUACUACCAUUAGCUUUUUCAUGAACACGCUGGAUUAUGCGCCGAGUUGCAUGCUAGGUUGAACAACAUUUAGACGCGUUGUUCAGCUUGUGCGUCGUAUCCGGCCAGUUCGAGCUUUUGUGAAAAUUCGUAAGUACAAACCAUGGCCUCCGCGUCAGGGGAUGUGGUGCCGCGCCAGCAAAAGCGCAAACCGAAGAACAAGAACACUGCUGCCCAGCUGUCGGCAAAGCAUGGUUACUCGCCCUCCAAGAAGGGCAAGACGCGCCAGGACGAUGCGCCGGCGCCGAUUCAAACCCGCACGGCUUUUCCUAGGAAAUUGCAGUUUGCUUCGAGCAACUGGAAACUGCUACAAGAGACACUGAAGAUUGGUGACAAGGCAGAGCAUACCGUCCAGCCUCCCCAUCGCCAAAGGAACGGACGUAAACCGGUGGUGCCCAGUCCACCUGAGCAGACUCGGAAGGCAGAAGUGUGGUUUGAUGGCGUCGACCCGAUUCUGUUGGACCCCGAAAACCAAGCUCCUCAGCCUCCCCCGGCAGCCACAACAGCUGCCAGCCAUGGUUUGGUCAAGAAAGGCACCUACAACAAGCCAACUCGGGUGGUGGCCAUGGACUGCGAGAUGGUGGGCGUGGGCCCCGAGGGCCGGGACUCUGUACUGGCCAGGGUCUCGCUGGUCAACUCCAUGGGCCACUGCAUCUACGACAAGUUCGUCAAGACACUCGAGGAGGUGGUGGACUACCGCACGGCUGUCAGCGGCGUCAGGCCCAGUGAUCUCGAGAAGGGCGAAGACUUCUACAAGGUUCAGAAGGAAGUGAGCGAGAUUCUAAAUGGUCGCAUCCUGGUUGGCCAUGCCGUGCACCAUGACCUCAAGGUGCUCUUCCUGUCCCACCCCAAGCGGCGCAUCCGGGACACGAGCGCAUACCGGCCCUUCCGGAACAUGUUUGGAGGCCGGACCCCGUCCCUCAAGGCCCUCUCGGAGAGGAUCCUCGGGGUCAAGGUGCAGGAAGGAGAGCACAGCUCGGUCCAAGAUGCCCAGGCGACCAUGCGUUGCUACACCAUGUACAGGAAGCGGUGGGAGGAGGACAUCAGGACGGGCCGGCAAAGGGCAGCACUGCUGGCUCAGCAGGCGGCACAGCAGCAGGAGAGCACCGCCUAGGCGACGUAGCGCCAUCUAUCCUGCCACCGGUGCUCUCGCAAACGUUUCUGCCGUGGUGGAAGCUUUUCCUAUGCCUAUGAAGCCCCUCUUUUUGUACAGCCCCCUCCCCAAUUUCUUCCCUGGGCCACAUCUAUGCUUAGGAAUGUCUGGGUCAGAUUUUCUUUGUUCGUUUGUUGGUCUACCAGGUGGGUCGGUUCUUUGCCAUUUGUUGGGGAACAAGAAUGAGACUGGCUGCUGUGUGAACAAUGGCAAUCUCUCAAACCAAACUGUGUGCAAAAACAUGAUGAUUAAAUGAACUCUUAACAAUCGGCA